AAAUAUCCGAUCCAAUCAUAAUCAUAUUUCAAAUCGUGAGAAUUUAAUGAGAUGCAAAACCUUACUUUCCAUUACAAGAUUCAUUCUUAGUUACUAAGUCUAAUGUUAUCGACGUGAUUAAUUAGGGAGUACAUAUUUACACAAUAAUUGUUAAACCGUACCCAAAAAUUGUACGUGAGAAAUGAGCGAUAUGAUAUUUUGUGCUGAAAUCAUUAUCUAAACCACGGUACGGUUUUCACAGACGUAUAUAGUCAUUAGCGUACAUAAUGGAGCUUUGAUUUUUCCACACAACUCCAUAUCUUCUCAACCUUUUGAAUCCAAAACAAUAAUGGAAGCCAGCAGCCAGCAACACAACUCUUCCUCCACCUUCUUCUCCUUCCUUCCAUGGCUGAUCUCCAACCUCCUCCUCACUUUCACCACCACAAUAAUCACCAUCCUAUUCCUCCUAAAACACUACAAACGACCCAAAAAGCCCACCACCACCACCCUCCCGCCGCCGCCGCCGGGGCCAUGGAGGCUCCCCAUCAUCGGAAACCUCCACCAGCUGGCCCUCAACGGCGGCCACUUCCACCCCCACCGCCGCCUCGCCGAGCUGGCACGCCGCCAUGGCCCCGACGUCAUGCACCUCCAGCUCGGCCAGCUCUCCCACGUCAUCAUCUCCACCCCUGAAGCCGCCAAACAGGUCAUGAAAACCCACGACCUCGCCUUCGCCUCCAGGCCUUUCCUCCUGGCGCCUUCCGUCCUCUACGACGGCUGCAACGACGUCGCUUUUGCGCCCUACGGCCACCACUGGCGCCAGCUCCGCAAGAUCUGCACCCUGGAGCUGCUAAGCACCAAGCGCGUCCACUCCUUCCGGUGGAUCAGGGGACAGGAGGUGGACAAGCUCGUACUGGAUCUCCGCCGCGCUACGACAACAACUGUGGUGGAUCUUAGUCGGAUGGUGGAGAGCCUGUCGGCGGCCGUGAUUUCCAGGGCGUUGUUCGGGACGAUUCGAGGGCUGAACCAGGCGUUUCUGACGGUUGCUGACAACAUAUCGGAUGUCCUGUCAGGUUUCAGGAUGUCGGACCUGUAUCCUUCUCUUACAUUUCUUCCCGUCAUGUCCGGGUUCCAAGGGAAGCUGAAGAGUAUGCGUGAGGGUGCGAGCUCGAUCAUCGACGCGAUCAUCGACGAGAGGAGAUCGAAGAGAUCGUCGUCGAGGUCGAGCAGGGAAGAUGGCGAGGAGGACUACCUGGUCGAUGUUCUGCUGAAUCUUCAGGAGAAUCCCGACCAGGUUGGAUUGACCGUAACUACGGAGAUCAUAAAGGCGGUGACUCUGGAGUUGUUCCUGGCCGGCGGUCACACGUCGGCCAACCUGAUCGAAUGGACCAUGUCGGAAAUGAUGAAACAGCCUAGAGUGAUGCAGAAGGCGCAAGAUGAGGUCAGGCAGGCGUUUGACAAGAAGGGCGACGUGGACGAGGCGAGCCUCCAAGGGUUGGAGUACUUGGACUGCGUUGUGAAAGAAGGUCUGAGGCUGCACCCUCCGGGUCCUCUGCUUCUUCCGCGAGAGAGCAGGGAGGAUGCGAAACUAUGUGGCUACAUGGUCCCGAUGGGGACGAAAGUCAUCGUGAACGCCUGGGCAAUCGGUCGUGAUCCUCGUUACUGGGGUGAUGCAGAGGAGUUUUACCCCGAGAGGUUUGUCGACUGCUCGACCGACUACAAGGGGAACGAUUUCCAGUUUGUCCCGUUCGGGGCUGGAAGGAGGAUGUGCCCCGGGUACGGGUUCGGAAUGGAGGUAGUGAAGCUGACUCUGGCGAACCUGCUGUUUCAUUUUAACUGGAGGCUCCCCGGAGAUUCGAGACCAGAGAGCCUUGACAUGACGGAAACCGUCGGGGCGUCGAUCGCGAGGAAGUAUCCACUGCGUGUGAUUCCAGUUCCAUAUAUACCCUGAGAUGUCAUGAAGAGAAUAGGGAAGAAACCAAAAUAAUGCUCUGUUUUGCUUCUCUCACAGCACAACUUUAACAGAAAAUAGAUCUCUUUCUAUCAUUUCUUUUCCUUCUCAUUUCUGUCAAAAAUCAAGACUGUAUGCAACUCCGUAAUUGCUGUGCAAAGAGGCAAAGACCACACCGAAACAAAAGAACAGAGGAAAUACCAGCGUUCUCGGUAAUCAACUCUAUUUUUACAAGGACGUACACAUAUGAAUCUAUUCUGAAGCCUAACUGACUGAGUUCCGCCACCAAAAGCUGUUUCGUGAGUUACCACUACAGGCACCAUAAGCAAAAUAUUAUGAAUCAGGAGUCACCACAGUUACAUUUCAUUGACCUCAAAGCGAGACUUGUAUCCAGCAGAAUGCUUGAAGAUUUAGACAGGUACUCUUCUGCCCCUGUACCGAUCAAAGAACUGCAAAUGCAAUUUUAGUAAGAAACGAGUUAGGUAACGCUAUCACGCUACAUCAGAAGCGUGUUAGUUCGUUGUUAUGAUUCAUGCAAGGAAUGAUAGACAAGACUCUAAAGGAUGCCAGCGUCUACUCAGAUACAGGUCCAUUUGUUUUCAAUUAGAUAACAAGUGGGAGCUUACUAGAGGAAGGAUAAGAUUUGUUAGGAACGAGACAUAAAGGAAUAAGAGGUAGAUGCAACC